UGGGCGGGAAGUGACGUAGGGCCAAUCCGCAGCCGCGGCAGGCGGAAGACCCGCCCCCCACGGUGCUGAACCGGAGCGCGCCUGAAGAACCGGGAGAACCGGAGCGCGCCUGCAGCAGCAACAUGGAAACAGAGCUGUUUAUGGAGUGUGAGGAGGAGGAGCUGGAGCCAUGGCAACAGGUGGACGACAGCGUGGAGGAAGACGAGCUGGAGGACUACUGUCAGCCAGUGGAGGAUUCUCUGUCUCCUCUUCCCGCCACUGAGACUCCGCCCCCCGCCACACCUCCGACAGUGUCUCCUCUGGUGCAGCUCGUCUCCUCACUGGGACCUCCUGCUCCUCCUCCUCCUCCUCCUGCUGCUGCUCCUGCUCCUCUCUCCGCCUCCUCGCCGGUUGUAGCUCCGCCCCUGAUGGCGCAGGCCUCGCAGCUUUUCCUGACGCAGACGGCAGGCGGAACCUUCCUGCUGCCGGCGGCACCGGGAACCCGCCACGGCUCGCCCAUCCUCCUCACCACACAGGGUUUCCGUGGUGGUCCUCUGCUGCUGAACCUUCAGCCGGGUCAGACGGUGCAGCCGCUGACGUUGAUCCAGUCGCCAUCGUUGGGUCAGCUGGUGCGUCCCAGCGUGGGCGUGUCCCCGGUGCUCCCUCAGACCGGACCAGGCCCCGCCUCCUCCAGAGGCUCCACCUUCACCGCCAUGCAGCUGCCCGCCGGGCUGACCAUCCGCAGCAGCACGCCGGGACCCGUGAACCUCCAGAUGACCCAGGUGGGCGGAGUCAGCUCCCUGAAGCUGGCGGGUUCCCCUGCCCUGCCCUCGGGCUCGGCCAAUGGCGUGGCCAGGAUCACGACAUUCAACAGCGCAGGCCACGCCCCCUCUGUGGUCACCACCUGCAGCGUGACCUCGGCCCCGCCCCCCGACCCCACCAGGGUGGUGAUGAGCGUGGAGGAGUUCUACUACGGGACGUUCGAGGGCGACCUGAGUCUGAGGAAACCUCAACCGCUCGGCAUCAAAACCACCAGCUUCACCUGCCAGAUCUGCACACGGCCCGCAGACAACAACCUGAGGUUUAUGCAGCACAUGCUCCAGCACUCAGAGCUGAUUGGACGAGGAGGGCCUGGUGACUGCUGCAAGUACUGUUACCGUCAGUUCUCGUCUCCGGCUCAACUACAGAGCCACCACCACCAGGUCCACGGCCCCGCCCCCUGCUCCAGUAUGUGUCGUAUCUGUGAGUGGGCAUUUGAGAACGAGCCGGCCUUCCUGAACCACAUGAAGUCAAACCACAAACCAGGAGAGAUGCCGUACGUCUGCCAGGUGUGUUCGUACCGCUCGUCCUUCUACUCAGACGUCCUGCAGCACUUCUCCAGCUUCCACAGAGACUCGCGCUUCCUCAUGUGUGUGUUCUGCCUGAAGGUGACCAGGAACCCUGUUAGCUACCAGCAGCACCUGCUGAAACACCAGGUGAACCAGGCGUUCCACUGUAACAGGUGUCGUCUCCAGUUCGUCUUCCUGAAGGACAAGAUGCAGCACAAGCUGGAGAACCACCGCAGCUUCCGGCGGCCCGCCCAGCUGGAGGGCCUGCCGCCGGGGUCAAAGGUCACCAUCAGGACCUACGGCAAGAUCAGGCCUCUGACAUCAUCACGGCAGAGCCCCGCCCCCCUCAUCCAGCCAAUCAACAUCAAGAUGGAAAGGAGCCCCCCCCACUCCAAGUCCCCCCGCUCCCCCAACAAGAAACCAGCCGGACGCAGAGUCCACAGGGCGUCCUGUGGGGACGGGGAGCGGUUGGUGUGUCUUGAAUGUGGGACGGACGCGUCGGACUUCUCGGCUCAUUAUCCGACUCACGUCCGCUGCCUGCUGUGUUCCUACAGCAGCUGCUGCUCCAGAGCCUACGCUGCCCACAUGAUACAUCACCACGUGCCGCGCUCCAAAGACAAACAUGUUCCUCUGCACAGGAGGCCUCCUCCAUGUGUGUUCCAGCUGCUCUGUUCUCAUUGUGACUUCAGACCUCAGACUGCUGACCUGAUGGCUACACACCUGCUGACACACACACACCACAGAGCCACCUGCAGACCCCGCACCUACGUUGAACCUGACAUCCGGUUCUGUGGCUCAGAUCAGAGCUCUUCUCCAGAGGACCAGGACUCGUGUGAUCCCUCCUGGAGGUCUGCAGCUCAGUGGAAACCUCCGUCAGAGAGCGAGGAGUCGUCCUCCAUCGUGGCGUUUACGCAGAGCAGCGGGCCUCGCCACUUCCUGUCCAAGAACAGCGACGCCAUCGACUUCUUCAACCUGCUGUUCCCCGCAGCGCUCAUUGACCUGAUCACCACCGAGACCAACGCCCACGCCAAGACCUGCCAGUUCCUGGGCUCCUUCAACCCGGAGUGGGUCCCCGUCUCCGUGCACGAGGUCAAAGGCUUCAUCGGCCUGGUGAUCCUGAUGGGGAUCCAGAGUCUCCCCGACCCGUCCCACUACUGGUCCUGGAGCCACUACGACAACAGCUACACCUUCUGCCGUGCCAUGACCUUCAAACGAUUCAAGCAGAUCGCCGCUAACCUCCGCAUGGGCAGCUUCGCCACGGACGAGUACCGCGGCACGAGCAACCCCGGCGACUCGCUGCACAUCUUCAGGCCGAUGCUGAGCCUUCUGGGCGGAGCCAUGUGGGACGCCUACCAGCCCAACUGCUGCCUGGCGGUGGACCGGGCGCUGCUGCCCGGCCUGGACGUGGACAGCUGCCAGGCCAAAGGGAGUCCCAGGACCCAGCCUCAGGUGUGGCUGCUCUGUGACUCCAAGUCCGGCUACUGCCACCGAUUCUUCAUCCAGGUGGGGGAGGAGGCGGGCCGGGACCCGGGCUUCACUGUGGUGCCGGACCUGGUGAAGGGUCUGGAGGACAAACACCACCAGCUGUUCUUGGCGAGUUCGCUGACAUCCGUCCCACUCAUGCAGAAGCUGUUGGACCAGGGCAUCUACGCCUCCAGCUCCUUCCCUCCACCCAGCCCCAUCCUGCCCAGGGAGCUGUGGGAGGAGGGCCAGCUGGAGAAACCCGGAGACUACCUGCAGAAACAGUUCGGCCCCCUGCUGGCAACCCGCUGGAGGGACACCAAGGAGAUGGGCUGCCUGUCCACGAAUGCGGCUCCGGGUGAACAGGACAUUGUGUGGAGGAGGUCUCAAACCAAAGUGGGUGAGCUGGACCCCAUCGACCGGCCCAUGACUUUCUGCCUCCUGCAAGAGAACAUGCGGGGCGUCGACAUCUGCAAGCAGCUGCUGGCCUGCAACCCGCUGGGAGGAAUCCCCCUCGACCGCCACUGGCGCGGCGUCUUCUGGUUCCUGGUGAACCUGAGCGUGGUCAACGCCUUCAUCGUGCUGCGGGAGAGCCGCAGGGAGAACCCUCCGGCCUGGGUGCAGGACGGCCUCUUUACUCAAGUCAACUUCCGCAAACGUUUGGGGAAUCAGCUCGCCAAAUGCGCCCAGAAAUACUUUGAGACGUUGGAGAUCGCCUCCACCCGCACCACCAGGGUGGAGGCGGCGGAUGCUCCGGUCAAACAGAGACACAGGAUGGUGAAGAUCAGCAGCAUCUCCAAAAGGUGCAAGAACUGCAACCUGAAGAACAUCCGGCACGAGAGCGUCUACGGCUGCGGCGUCUGCAAAGCAAACCUGUGCAAACAGCUGAACUGCUUCUGGGAAUACCACGGCAUGUCGCCUCUCAACAAAGGAUCAACAAAGAUUGGAUUCAUCAAGGACAGAAUCAGCGGAGCGGUGGAGGUGAAGGAGGUGCGGCCCGGUCUGGACGAGUCCAUGGCUCCGCUGGAGGAUCUGGACUUCUCUGACAGCGACAGACUGGAUGAACUGGACGACCUGGAAGAAGAACCUGAAGAUUUCAAAGAAGAAUUCGUCAAAGAAGUAAAACGGCCGACGUCUCACCUGCAGCAGGCGCCAGACGUCCAGCCGGCGAGCGGCUCCAGAGAGCGGGAGGACUUCCUGACCGCCCGCCAGCUGAGGAUCGCCCUGUUCGCUCUGUGCGACGGACUCCGCCAGGCCUCCAGGGUCUUUUCAACCGAGACUCAGCUGAUCCGGUCCUGGCUGAAGGACGCCAGGAAGCGCCUGAGGCAGAGCGAACAGGAGCCGAGGUCUGCGGCGGACAGCGGGGAGUGCAUGGUGGCCUGGGUGCUGUCCAUGCGGGAGCAGCAGCUCCCCAUCACCGAGAGCAACCUGUUCCACAAAGCCUCCACGCUGAAGAAGAAAGGAGGCUUCACUGACUCCUUCCGCAUCUCGUACGACUGGGCGGUGAGCUUCAUGCUGCGGCACCGGCUCGGCGUGCGGAGCGCCGGCAGGGCGGCCACGCUGGCCCGCGCUCUGCCGCUCUCCCUGGAGGCAAAGAUCCAGUCGUUCAGGAACUUCACGCAGGAGGUGGUGAAGGUCAACCAGCUGCCAGAGAGCACGGUGGCCGCCAUGGACGAGCUGUGUCUCUUUGUGGAUCUGAGGUUAGUUCAGGACAAAUCUCGGCGCUCGGAAGCCCUGGAGCUCACCGGGUCCCUCCCUCUGGUCAGCGUGUACCUGACGGUGCUGGCCGACGGCACCAUGCUGCCGUCCCUGCUGCUGGCCAACAGGCAGCUGCCGGAGAAACCGCUGCCGGAGUUCGUCCUGCUGGAGGCCGGCCAUGAGACUCUGCUGGUAGAAGAAGCUCUGGAUCUCUGGACCGCCAAGAUUUGGCUGCCGCACGUGUCCAGUGCAACCCACCCGAACAAAUCCAUGCUGGUCCUGGACCGGCACCGGGAGCACAUGGCAGACUCCUUCCUGACCUCCAUCAGCGGGUCGGGGACGCUGCCGGCGGUGAUUCCCGCCGGCUGCUCCUUCUGUCUCCAGCCUGUGGACAUUUGCGUGAAGCUGGUCCUGCAGCUCUUCCUGCUGUCUCGCUGGACAAAGUUCACCGCCGGGAACCCCAAGGAGCUGGAGGAGCCGUCCCCCCAGCAGCUGCAGGCGAACGUGGCCCAGCUGCUGGUGGACUGGACGGUCGAAGCCCUGAAGCAGCUCAACAAACUCCCACAGCUCUGGAAGAAGUCCUUCCACCUGACGGGCGUCCUGCCGGAGCAGAUGGACGAGAAGAUGGCGAGUCAGAAACCAGAGGACAUUCAGUCCGACCUCCUCAGGACCCUCAUAGAGACCCUGCUGGGGACGGACGCUUUGGAGGCCGAUCCUUCUGAGCUGCUGGAGCUGGAAGACCAAGAGGACACUGAGGAGGAAGAAGGAGGACAGGAGACAUCUGAGGAGACACGGGAGGACAAAGAAGGAGAAGGGACAGAACAAAAAGAGGACAGGGAGGAGAAAGAAGGAGAAGGGACGGAACAAAAAGAGGACAGGGAGGAGCAACAGGAGGACAAAGAAGGAGAAGGGACAGAACAAAAAGAGGACAGGGAGGAGCAACAGGAGGAGAAAGAAGGAGAAGGGACGGAACAAAAAGAGGACAGGGAGGAGAAGGAGGAGGAAACAAUGGAAACAAAGGAGGAGGGGCAGCCGGAGGAGACGGAGACGGAAGGAAAGGACACGAUCAAAGAUGUGGAAGACAAGAACGAGACAGAGGAGGACAGGGACGAUGAAGACCAGAAGCUGGAGGAGGACAGUGAGGAGGACGGAAAGGACAGAGGGGAGGACAGCAAGGAGGCGAGCAAGGAGAGACGAGAGACCAGGAUCGUGAUCGGAGAGGAGGUCGGAGACGAGUGGAAGAUCACCGUGAAGAGCCGGACCGAAGGAGUGGACGCUGACGGACAGGAGGACAGGAGGGACGAGGACAAGAUGGACGAAAGCUGAACAUAAGACGGAGACCUGGACGGGACGAGUCGAAGACUUCCACCUGGAUCCUGUCUCACCUUUUCUGUGGUCCGUCCCAGAGCCCGGGACUGUUGGACCCCUGAUGGACGGACCGGACUUCUUUACUUUGGUUGUUUUUUCUGUCUCACCACGUCUCGCUCAGAGAGAAGACUCUUAGAAAACACUAAGACACUUCCUGUUCUCUUCAGGCCUCUGAGUUCUCUGAGCGAGUCUCUGCAGGAUCCUUCUAGUCUCAGUCUGAACCUUCAGGACUCUGAGUGGACGGACAACGUCCAUCACCGAGACACAGACCGGAGGAAACAGGCUCCAUGUGCUGGGGAGUUCUGCCUCAAUAUGACGGUUACAGACCGGUCCAGGUGGUCCGGUCCAGGUCAUCCAGGUGGUCCGGUCCAGGUGGUCCAGGUGGUCCGGUCC